UUUUUCCUGGAAAUCUGAAUCAAGUUACAGUAGGCUAAUGAGUUAGAUUCGGGAAAACUCCACAAACUUCAAAAUUAUGAGUUACGUCGCAAAAUGUUCGAUCUGUAAGGAAGCCCUUCCCUACAAUCGAUCGCACACAUCCCUUCUGAUUCAGCACCUGAUAGAACAACACCCCGACCAACCGUUCAAGCUAGUUCGGGCAAAGAAAGAGAAAAUCUACCAGGACUCCCCUUUGAAAAACGAUUCAGAAAUGGCUCAUAAAGUGGCUAAAGUUGGUGCUCCCAAGUCAGCCAGAGAUAUUAAGAGGCAACUGAGAACCAGUUUAGGUCAGAAAGCGGAUGAGAAUCUUCCGACAAAGUCGGACUUCCUAACUCGUCACCCAAGACACCGGAGGAUGUUCUACAAAACUACUGUGGCCUCGUGGCGACCCGCCCGAACCCGCGUCAGUUGUCCCGAGUGUGGCCAACAGCGACUUCCCACGAUUCGAUCCACGGCGGAUCGGUACUCCAGUUCGGCCGCCGGUGCAGCCUGGGUCAUGACCUGUUGGCCGUUUUGCUUUCUGCCAUGCCUGUUCACCUCGCCCACCAAGCACCAUCUGCACUGUUCUGGGUGCGAUGCCUACCUGGGGCUGUACGAUCCGGACCGGGAAGUGGUGGGCGUCAACCAGAAGGUGCGCCGAACGGUGCGGUACCGGGAAGUCGAGUCGAAACGAUGAGAUGCUGAGCAUUUUGUAGGGAAACGGUUGAUUUGAGAACGAGCGAACACGUGAUGCUAUCAACUGGGUUGCGUAGAAGAUUGCAUGCAAGCUGGUCGGAAGCGACAUCUGGUAUUCAGUAGGGGAACUAAAUUAAAAUGUAUUGCAGUAGAUUUGUCUUGUAUGUUAGGCACACUUUACUUGAAAAAAUUACAUACUUAGCGAAAACGUUGUUAAGAACAGUAAAUAUAUUAAUAUAAAAAAAUAUGACGUCCAUAAAAAAUCGGCAAGAAGAUUUUAUGACCACAUGAAAUAAAUCUGAAAUGCAUGUUUAGC